AUGGCAAAAGGUCCCUAUUCUGGAGGUCGUCAGAGAGAAAGAGAAAAGGGGGGAUGGCUGAUGUUCCAGGAUGUGGCCAUAGACUUCACUCAAGAGGAGUGGGAAUGCCUAGACCUCGGUCAGCGGGAACUGUAUAGGGACGUGACGUUAGAGAACUACAGGAACCUGGCCUCCUUGGGUGUUCAGAAUAUUCAGGAUCUGCAGAAAAGUUACAAGUGUAAGAAAUGUGAGAAAGCCUUUACUAACUCAUCCAGUCUAAGUAGACACAGGAAAAUUCAUUCAGGAUGGAAACCUUUCAAAGGUACAGAGUGUGGCAAUGCCUCUAAUCAGAAUUCAAAGCUUAGUCAAGAUCAGCACAUCCACACUGGCAAAAAACCCUAUGAAUGUAAGGAAUGUGGAAAAACAUUUAUGUCUUGCUCAAAUCUUAGUCAACAUCAGCGAAUUCAUACUGGGGAGAAGCAUUAUAAAUGUACAAAGUGUGGCAAAGCCUUUAAUCAGAACUCAAAGCUUACUCAGCAUCAGCGAAUGCAUACAGAGCAGAAACCUUACAAAGGUAAGGAAAGUGGCAAAGCCAUUUUUAGGUGUUCACAUUUCAGUCUGCAUCAGCAAGUUCAUGCUAGGGAGAAACCAAGCAAAUGUAAAGAAUGUGGCAAAGUGUUUCCUUGUAGCUCAUGUCCUACUCAAUAUCAGUAUAAAUGUAAGGAUUGUGGCAAAGAAUUUAAGCAGUGCUCAGGUCUCACUUACCAUCAGAAAAUUCAUACUGGAGAGAAGUCUUAUAAAUGUAAGGAUUGUAGCAAAGCAUUUAGACAGCAGUCAUGUCUUACUAAACAUCAACGAAUUCAUACUGGAGAGAAGCCUUAUAAAUGUAAAGAUUGUGGCAAAGAAUUUAACCAGGGCUCAGGUCUCACUUACCAUCAGAGAAUUCAUACUGGAGAGAAGCCUUAUAAAUGUAAGGAUUGUGGCAAAGCAUUUAGACAGCAGUCAUGUCUUACUAAACAUCAAGUAAUCCAUACUGGAGAGAAAUCUUAUAAAUGUAAAGAAUGCGGAAAAGCUUUCAGUCACUACUCAACUCUUACUGAACACCAGCGAAUUCAUACUGGGGAGAGGCCUUAUAAAUGUAAGGAUUGUGGCAAAGACUUUAGAAAGCACUCAGGUCUUACUUACCAUCAGAUAAUUCAUACUGGAGAGAAACCUUAUAAAUGUAAAGAAUGCGGAAAAGCCUUCGGUCACUACUCAAGUCUUUUUCAACACCAGCGAAUUCAUACUGGAGAGAAGCCUUACAAAUGUAAAGAAUGUGGAAAAGCCUUUAUCAAGAACUCACAUCUUACUCGACAUCAGAGAAUUCAUACUGAAAGAAAAACCUUAUAA